AUGCUUUAAACACCGAAGAAAUCCAUCACUUAUGAGAAGAUUUUAGCUGAUUUUUAUCAGCAAUUCAUAUCUUAGGAAAUCGCAAGUUAGAGACCACAGAUUGAAUUUUUGCAUUUCUUAUGCAGUUCAUUCAUGAUGGAAAAGCUACUUCAAAUUUAUCAGGAAAGUUUAUAAAAGAGAGAGGAUGAUUAGGUAUCAGCUCGUAAGGAAUUAAAUGAAUUCAUUACAUAUAUGGUCAAUUAGAAUGCAGCAUAUUUAAAUGAGAGUAUUCGAGACGAAUUAUUAACAUUAUCUAAGAAUCGACAUGACGAUUAGUACUUGUCUGGUUAUAGUCAAUUUUACAGAUACUGUUCAAUAACUACAACCUCAAUAAUGUUCGAGAAAAUAAAUUACAUCUCAGAAUAUUUAAAACAUUAAAAUCAAAUUUUCCAAGAUUUCAAAAAUAAACUCAAGUUUAAUCAAUAUUCAAAUAGCGAUUGUUUCAAUACAAACAGGUAUGCUACUCUGAGUGGACUAUUCUAUUUCAAUAAACAAAUAGGAUAAAUGGAAGUGAAUGCAAAGGAUGACAAAUUAAGGGAUCUCAGAUUGAUAGAAGAAAACAUGAAGACCAAAGAAAAAUACUUUAAUACCUUUAUUGAAGAUGAUUGGCUCAGAAUCAUAGUCUAGAUAGAGAAAUGUUAAAAGUCUCAUCUUGAUCCUCUGAGUCAAUAGGAUUUCUCAGAAAUUCAGUAAUUGAUUGAAUAGAAGCAAUUGCCAUAUCAAAUAGCAAAUCAAAUGAAAUAAGAAGUGAUAAAGAAAUUAUAAUAGAGAAAACAGCAACAACAACAAUCAUAAGAAAACAAUAAUGAGAAACAAGUCAAAUAUUCUCAAUUAAUCAAAUACAAAUUAUCACAUGACACAAAACUGAUUGAGUGUUUAUUAAACCAACAAAAGAAUGUGCUAGGUAUCAAAUUACAAGAUCUGCCAAAUGUGAUUUCCUACAUUUAAAUAAGUAAAUUCUGCAAAAUAAUAUGUUGUGGUUGUUAUGAUGGUAACAUACUAAUUUACGACAUGAAUGAAUUAAAGUAAAAUAGAUAAAAUAGACUACUUUGCAAUCCUAGUUUUGAAAUGCAUAUCCACGAAGGACCUGUAACUGCAAUUAGCAUUCUCUAUGAUGAGAAUUAUAUCAUUUCAGUCUCAGUUGAUUUAACUAUUAAAUUCUCAUGCUUAAAAUCUAGAUAACCGUUGGUAGUUUACAAAGGACAUUUACAAACUAUCUGGCAUUUGGCAUUUGCACCUAUGGGAUAUUGGUUUGCAAGUGCCUCUUCAGAUGGAACUGCUCUCUUAUGGGCUACUGAUUAAAAUUAAUGUAUUAGGAUAUUUGGACCUGUAAUGAAUCAAGUAAAACUAGUUGAAUUUGUUCCAUCUGUUGAAUAUGUUGUUACUGCAGAAGAGAAUCGAAUCUUUAGAAUAUGGUCAAUUGAUAAGGCUGAAUGUCUGUAUAUCUCAUUUAUGGAUGGAAAUAUCACGUGUAUGAAUGUGUCAUUCACUGGUCAAUUCUUAAGCAUUGGAUGCGAUUCUGGAUCAGUGGUUUUGUACUAUUUGCCUAUGACGAAACUUCUGAAGGAGAAGAUCUAUUUACAAAGAAGUGAUUUCCACAGUGCCAAUGGGAGGGAUUACAUCAGGUCGGUUUCCAUCAGCCUGGAUGAAACUACCUUAAUGUGUUGUAACUCAAAUAGAAUAGGGUUCUUCAAUAUAUCUGAUUUGAUGAAGAAGACUAGUGAAGAUGUCUUUAAGGGUUUGGAAUAAAGCAUUAAAUCAAUUGAGUAUGAGAAAAAUAAUUGGAGCAGAAAUGCCAUUCCCAUUGAGUUAUUAGAAUUGCAGGAUUAUAUUCAUUUGGCCUAAUAUGUGUGCAAUGGUUUUGCUUUAUACGUUUGUAAAUGA